UGUGGAUUUUAAUCUUAAUGACUUGCUGCGAGCAGCCUCCCCGUCGUCACUUCCUAUCGCCGCUUAUGUCAGACCGAGGUGAUAAAAGGGAGGGCCCGGGCCGGCGGCUCCGACGAUCCGGCGGACGGUCGGUAACGUGAAUUGACAAUUUACAGUGACCAAUUAACCUACUGACCAGUGUGUCUUUUGGAAUGCAGGAGGAAACCGGAGCCCCGGAAGAAACCCACACACUCUCAGGAAAUUUUAUCUUUUGAAGAUGCAUGGUGAAUUGUCUGUGCAGCCAUUGGAUGAAAUAGUCCCAUUGAGAUUUACCAAAUCCUAGAUCGUAUAUUUUGCCAUUGAGUUUGCUGUAAUACUGAUGUCCUGAAUGAAUCCAGCUAUCUGAAAGUUAGUGAAAGCAAUGUCACAUCAAACAGGAGCAGCAGCUCAUAAUUUGGAUGUAAAACCCAAGGAUGGCCAGGGAAAAAAUAUUGAUCGUAGGGACGGUUAUGCUUGGAGUGGCAAGAAACGUUCACGCACUUCCAAGGUAGAUUCUACUUCAGAUGGUGAGGUUGGGGAUGUUGCUGGCAUAUUGUCGAUAACUCCGAGAAGGGAGAAGAAAUGGAGUUCUGAGUUGGAUCUUGAAGAUUCAUGUUCUCGCAAGCUUUCUAGUCGAUCACUGAAGCAAAAGAUACAAGAUGCAGUUGCUCAGUGUUUUCCUCUUAAAGCAAAUAAUCAUAAAAACUCUGUAGCUUUAAUUUCAAAAAGUAAAAUCCACAUUAAUGAUCUAGUCAAUAAUUGUACAUUUCCAGCUGGAAUGGAGCUGGCUGAAAAAUGGGACUUAAUUAAUUGGCACACAAUUCCAUUAACUCAAAACUGUGACAUUUGGGAAGGCUCAGCAGUGGGAUUUGAUGAAGAAGAGCCAGGAGGAGGAUGCAGAAUGAGUGUUGAACUAGAGGUGAAUCCAUCAGAUACACAGAUUCACAACCUGGAAGUGAUUUCUCGGAUUAAUGCAUUACAUGGACAGGACUCUGAGGUGGAGUCUGGAAUAACUGAAUUAGCAGGUGACAGUGGUAUUACAUUUCCGUCAAAUGAUUCAGACUCUGACGAGGAGAUGAUGGCUCUUUUCACAGAUGCUGAAAGUCAGGCAAAUACCAAGUUGGAUUUUGAGAAUAAGUGCAAUUGGCUAACACCCUUUCAUAAAUGCCAGACUCAGUUCGGCUUCACCUACUGCUUAGUCCCAGAUCUAUUUCGGAUCAGUAAUAAUCCAUGUUACUGGGGUGUGAUGGAUAGAUACGGAGCUGAGGCUCUGUUAGAAGGUAAACCAGAAGGUACAUACUUGCUCAGGGACUCUGCUCAAGAGGAUUAUCUCUUCUCUGUCAGCUUCAGACGUUACAGCCGCUCUCUUCAUGCUAGAAUUGAACAGUGGAAUCAUAACUUCAGUUUUGAUGCCCAUGAUCCCUGUGUUUUUCAUGCACCAAGUGUAACUGGGCUCUUAGAACAUUACAGCGACCCAAACUCUUGUAUGUUCUUUGAGCCACUGUUGUCUCUUCCACUAAACAGGACUUUUCCAUUUUCACUUCAGCAUCUUUGCAGAGCUGUUAUUUGUAGCCACACAACCUAUGAUGGUAUUGGUGCACUUCCUGUACCACCAUCAAUGAAAACCUACCUGAAGGAGUAUCACUAUAAACAAAAAAUAAAAGUACUUAAGAUAAGUACACAACAAUGGCAUAGUGGAUUGAAAGGAAACCAGUGAAGGUUACAAGGAAGAUUAAGAAGGAUCUCCAGGAGCUUCCUCCACCAUUAAAAAAAAACUUGAACCAGUUUUAAAUAGGAGAUUACUGGUAAUAAUUUUCUCCCAUCAGAAAUUUUGUUUGAAGACUGUUAACUUCUAUUCUUUAUUCAUGUACUUGUUAUUUUUUCCAUCUCAACAAUACAAUGAAACAUAAUGUACCUUGUCUGACCUGACAAAUCAUUUGUGCUUAUCUUCUACAGUCCAUGACAUUGUGGCAUUCUAGUAUCAUGUUGGAAUGCAGUUUCAUGACAAUGACUUUAUUUCUGAAGCCACAACCAUCACGCUAAAGUGUACUUUUAGAAAUUCAUGAAAAUGUUGGCAUGUGUAUCAAUUUUAUUUGCACUUUAAAAGAUGUUCAUAUGUCUAAUUUUCUAAGUUAUCUGAUGCUUUAAGUAUGUGACAUACACUAUUGCAAUGUAAUUUUUAAAUUAAUUUUGAGUAAAACCUCUGACAGAAAUAUUGUUCUUAUGUUUUGUAUUGAAUUAUGCAACUUAUAAGUCAGAUAUUAGUAUAUCCAACAUUGACAAGUAUCCAUCUUUAUGUUGUAAUCCGCAAACAGUCCAACAAAUGGUUAGGGAAGCAACUUUCUAAAUGUGAAGGAUUAGAGGAUACUUGACAAGUACACCCUUCAAUUUUUUAGACAUUCAGCCAGAGCUCCAGAAGAUGACAGUAACCAUGGCAUCACCUAACUUUAAAGUUUUUAUAUAUAUAUAUAGUGACAGCACUUGCCAUUUCACUUUGUAGAUCGCGUUUUAUUUUUUCAAAAUAUUGUGCUAAAAUAUACUUAUAUCUGGCCCCAUUUUUUUUGGAUCACUUUGCCUUACUCAUUGGCACACAUGCAUUAAAGACCAUAAGAUAUGUAGGAGUGGAAUUAGGCCAUUUCAUCAUGGCUGAUCCAUUUUCUCUCUCUUGCCUUUUCCACAUAUCCUUUCAUGCCCUAACCAAUCAAGGAUCUAUCAACCUCUGCCUUAAGUAUAUAUCAAGAUUUGGCCUCCACAGCCACCUGAUGCAAUUAAUUCCACAGUUUCACCAUUCUCUGGCUAAAGAAAUUUCUCCUCAUCUUUGUUCUAAAAAGACACCCCUCUAUUCUGAGGCUGUGUCCCCUAGUCCGUGACACUCCCACCAUAGGAAACUUCCUCUCCACAUCCAGUCCAUCAACGCCUUUCAACAUUUGAUAGGUUUCAAUGAGUUCCCCCUCAUUCUUCUGAAUUCUAGUGAAUGCAGGCCCAGAGCCAUCAAACGCUAUUCAUGUGACAAGCCAUUCAAUCAUGAAAUCAUUUUUGUGAACCUCCUUUGAACCGUCUUCAGUGUCAUCACAUCCUUUCUAAGAUAAGGGACCCAAAACAGCUCACAAUGCUCCAAGUGAGGCCUCACCAGUGCUUUAUAAAGUCUCAAUAUUACAUCCUUGCUUUUAUAUUCCAGACCUCUUGAAAUGAAUGCCAACAUUGCAUUUGCUUUCCUUGCCACCAACUCAACCUGCAAAUUAAUUUUUCGGGAAUCCUGCACAAGGUCUCCCAAGUCCCUUUGCACGUCUGAUUUUUGAAUGUAGUAAAUAAUCUGCCCUUUUAUUUCUUCUACCAAAGUGCAUGACCAUACACUUCCCAACACUGUAUUCCAUCUGCCACUUCUUUGCCCAUUCUCCUAAUCUGCCUAAAUGGCAGAUUGUCCAUACUGAUGUCUUUGCCCAACGACAUCAAUCCCUUUUGCCUGCAUUAUGUCUGUAUCCCAUUCUUUGCCUAUUCAAGUGCUUAUUUAAAUGUCUCUUAAACAUGGUGUUUAUCAUAGAGCUGAGAAGCACAGAAACAAACCCUUUGGCCCACUACAUCCAUGCCUACCUUUUUGUAUUCUCAUUUUUAUUAGUUCCCCUGGCAGUAACUUCCAAGUAUCAAUUAUUCAGUCUAAAAAGGUUUGCCUCAAAUUCCAUCGUAACCCCUUUCCUCUCACCUAAACCUAAACUCACCUAGUUCUACCAUGGAAAAAACAAGAUUCUGAUGAUUUACUGUAUUUAUCCCUCUUGUAUACCUCUAUCAGGUCAUCUUCAGCCACCUUUACUUGCUUGAGAACAUUAUUGUUAAUGAUUGAUUCUUGGGUGAAUUGCCAUUCAGGUUAAAAUAUAUAGUCACUUCAAUUUCAUUCGCUGCUGUGCACCCUCCUGAAAGGAGUCUGAGAAGAAAGGACAAACUUCUCCAGUGCAAAUUUCAUUGGCCCUGCGUUUGUACCGGAUAGGGAGGGAUAGAGGCUGCAUUCAGACCAGUGAUUCCUUGCAAUUUGUUUUCUUGCACUUCAGUAGCUUUUUCACAACACUCGCUAACUUUUUCUUCUUCUAGGAUUUUUUUAUUAUUAAAGAAUUUUAUAUUUUGUAGUGUUGUCACUGUUGUUGUAAAGCAAAUAUGAUACUCAGUUGCAUAAACCAAGCAUCUACAAAUAUAGACCUUAAUAAUUAGUUUUGGUAAUUGACUGAGCAUACAACAUACACAGCACAGGAACAGGCCCUGUGAUGCUGUGCUGAAUUAAUUUAUGAGCCUAAUUAAAACAAUUCCUUCUGGCUGCUUGUAAGGUAGCCAGGACACCCAUGAUAUUCAAACACCACCCACCCACUAACAGCUGCAGCAGACCUGCCUGCAGGGAUAUUGCUCCCCCUGGAGUUCAGGUUUAACCUGUAAUUUUUGUACAGGUUAUAUCUUCCCCAGAAGAGAUCCCCAAUGAUCCAGAAAUCUGAAACCCUGCCCCCUGCACUAAUUCCUCAGACAGCAAUCCAGAGAUUACUACUGUACUCUGCAGGCCCUGCUCUUCAGCUUUCUACUUUACUCCCUAUAUUCUCUCUUCAGGACCUCAUCCCUUUUCUUACCUAGGUCCCUGGUAGCAAUGUGUACCAUGGCUUACCAUUGCUCACCCUCCUCCUUUAGAAUGCUGUGGACCCGAUCCAAGACAUCCUUGACCCUGGCACCUGGGAGGCAACCUACCUCAUGUCAACAGAAUCUCUUGCCUACUUAAAAUCUAGAUUCACCUAUCACUAAUGCACCUCCUCUUUUCCUCCUCUUCCCUUCUAAGCCACAGAGCCAGACUCAGUGCGAGACCCAGUCACUAUAGCUUUCCCCAGUAGGUCAUCCCUUGCCCCCCCCCCCACAA